UUGAAUUUAACCAGCCGACUGCCAUUAUUUUGUAUUUGUUCUUGCGCCAUUUCGAUAUAAAAUAGUUUUACGAUUUUAUCUUGGUUUACAGUUAAUCUUUCAAUAAUUUCUAUAUUUUUAUAAAAAGGUUGGGGAACUAAAGCGGUUUAUAAUGUCAAAUUCCAUAUCUGAACAUAGUUCGCUUGGUAGCAUGUGUGAAGAAGUGCGUCCCUCUUUCCUACGUGCGCGUGAUCCAUCUGUAGAUCGGUGUUUUCGACCGCGUCCUGACCGACAAGUAAGACUUUUCGAUGAAAUAACAGAGGAAGGCCAAACUGAAUAUAACAGCGAUGCUGAUGUUUCAUCUUCUUACGAAGACGUCUCCACACCAUUAAGUGAAGCCAGCAGUGAUCUAAGCGCCGAUUCAAACGCUGCUUUAGUAUAUUUACGUUUAAAACCUGUCACACAAUCAUCUACAUCGUAUACAAUUUCGCCUGCUGGUAAUGUGCUUAUCACCGGACCACCUAAUGAUACAUCAUCUACCAGCAACAACAAAAAUAAGAUGGAACAACAUUAUAGUUUUUCUGCAGUGUUUGACAGCACAGUGAAGCAGGAUGAAGUGUAUCGUAUUUGUAUAGCACCACGCAUUGAAAAUCAGACUGACAGCUUUACAGUGCUAACAUACGGCACAUCGGGUUCGGGCAAAACAUUCACAUUACUGGGUAACCCCAGUUAUCCUGGUAUUGUGCCGCGGGCGGUAGAAAAUAUAUUUCGUAUGAAUGCGUCCAAUAUUUAUCCACAACCUGCAAUCAAAUUAGAGAAAGGUUGCGCUUGUAUAUUGGAUGAUGAGGCACUAGCGCGUGAAGAAAACAUGCGUCAGGUAUUGUUAGAGUCAUGCGCCGGACUAAAUGCAGACCAUGAGCUGCUGGAGCAAACGAUAAAAGCCGAGCAUGACUUUCAAACACUGGUGCAACAAGAAGUGUCCGUUUUUAUUUGGAUAUCUUUUGUCGAAAUAUACAAUGAAUUAGUAUUUGAUUUGUUGGCACCACCAACACAACAGCCAAAAACCAGUCACCAUAUGGCGCAGCAACAACAACGAAAGGGUUUAAAAAUUGUAACGAAUGACGGCAAGGUUUUCAUACAAGGUCUAACCUCAGUGUAUGUGAAAUCAUGUUCAGAAAGCUUAAAGUUAUUGCAUUGGGGUUUACAGCAUGUUUCUUAUGCAUCCACGUCUAUUAAUGCCAACUCGAGUCGCUCGCAUUGUAUAUUCUUUAUCGACAUAAUUAAAUAUUACAGCUCUGGUGUUGUUGUCGAUACUUCUUAUAAAUUCUGCGAUUUAGCUGGUUCUGAACGUUUAAGUAAAACGCGAAACGUUGGUUCGCGCCUCAACGAAGCAAAAGGUAUUAAUACAUCAUUGAUGACACUAGGCCGUUGCCUGGAUGCAGCUAAUAACAAUAAAAAGUUGAAGUCAAAGGGUCAAGUGAUACCAGUGCGCGAAUCCAAAUUAACUAUGCUGUUACAAACUGCAUUAUUAGGCAAAGAAAAGCUAACGAUGAUAGUGAAUGUCACACCUAUGGAUACAUUUUAUGAGGAAAAUAUGAAUGUGCUGCGAUUCUCUGCGAUAGCUAAGAAUAUAACAUUCAAACAGCCAGCGAAGCCGGUGAAUAAAUCGCGUUAUUCGUUCGUCGUUGAAAAGGCGAAAUCAGCAGCUGAAGAGAUCAUAUUUUUACGCAGUGAAGUGGAGCGCUUAAACUCGGAAAUCGAAUAUCGUUUGCUUGAGCAAGAAAGACUUUUGCGCAAGGAACUGGUUGAAUCAUUUGAGAAGAAAUUGGAAGAGAAGCAGAACGAUUACGUUCAAAACUUGAAACGCGAACUACAAAUGCAGCAACGUAUGCAUGAUUUAAAGAUCGCUUCUCUUAAACGGCAAUACGAAAACCAAAUUGAAGAUCUGCGUGAACAACUCGAAGGUGAUGAUGAGGAAAUAGAAAAGAAACGUCGAACAUUGGAAUAACAGUAGCCUAAUUAUGUUCCAUUAUUUAAAUUUAUUUGUAUAGACUACAUUGUUGUAUUAGUUGAACUUUAUUAUACAUUUAUUGUAUUUGACUUUAAUAUUAUUAAAAUGUAAUUUCGUUUCCUUACUUUUUAUACUGGCGCUGUGCCAUGCUUUUUGAAAUAAAUGGAAAUUGAAAUUUUUUUCUUAAAAUA